CCUCACCUCCCCCUCGAUGGCCAAGGCCGACGACAUCGAGGCCAUCUUCGCCUCCUCCAAGGGAAAGGGGAAGGGGAAAGCACCAGCACCUGCCGCUCCUCCACCAUCUGCGCCGGCAAAGAAGAAGAAAAAGGAUAAGAAGCGCAAGCGAGAGGCAACACCAGAUGAGACGCCUGCUCCCGCGCCGCCUACCAAGAAACGCGUGGUCGAGACUGUCGUAGAUCCUUCGUCUACGAAGCCUUCGACUACAACAGCCAAACCAGGUGCGAGCGCGCCGCCCAAACCUAAGAAGAAGUCCAAGCCUUCCGCCGACGAUGAAAAAUUCAAGGAUUCGAAGGGAACCCGCUCUCGUCGACAAACGGAAGAAGGCUGGGCCGUGUACAAGGUCGACGAAUUGGGGAUCGAUGAAACCGCCGGAGAUACCCCGUUAUGUCCCUUCGAUUGUCAAUGCUGCUUCUGAUACCCGUCAAUGUAUUCCUAGUUCACUGUAUUUCUAUGCAAGAUCAACGCCCUUCACCGACCA